CGUGCUUGUCGUGGAAGCGCGGUUAAUCACUCUCGUAGCUCACAUCGCUUCUCCAAUCUUAUCCAUCUCUCUGCCUUGGACUCUCCGGGCUUUUACAUAUCAACCUUCACGAUCGCCGUCCCGCUUUCUUUUUCUCUCUGCUCCUCCCUCCUCUACUUCCUCUCUUCACCCACAACCUCGCUCACUCAUCCAACCACCCCGAGUCGCAAACAUGGUUCCUACUCCUGUCAUUGAGUCUGAGGUUCUCAAGGAUGUCAACGUCCUCGGCCGCCUCAACCCCCAGAGCCGCAAGAUCCUGAGCAAGGAAGCGUCCGUCUUCCUCGCCAUCCUCCACCGCACCUUCAACGCCCGCCGCAAGGCUCUGCUCGAGCGUCGCCAGAUCCGCCAGGCCGAGCUCGACAAGGGCGCUUCCCUCGACUUCCUUCCCGAGACCAAGCACAUCCGUGAGAACGACGCAUGGCGGGGUCCGCCGCCGGCUCCUGGUCUCCAGGACCGACGAUUGGAGAUUACCGGCCCGGUCGACAGGAAGAUGGUGGUCAACGCCUUGAACGCGGAGGUCUGGACCUACAUGGCCGACUUUGAGGAUGCCUCGGCGCCCACCUGGGACAACAUGAUCGGCGGUCAGGUCAACCUCUACGAUGCUAUUCGCAAGCAGAUCGACUUCAAGCAGGGCGAGAAGGAGUACAAGCUCCGCACCGACCGCGUCCUCCCCACCCUCAUCGUCCGCCCUCGAGGAUGGCACUUGGAGGAGAAGCACUUCGUUGUCGACGGCGAGCCCAUGUCCGGUAGCUUGUUCGACUUCGGCCUGUACUUCUUCAACAACGCCGAAGAGUUGGUCAAGCGUGGUCGCGGCCCAUACUUCUACCUGCCCAAGAUGGAGAGCCACUUGGAGGCCCGUCUGUGGAACGAUGCCUUCAACCUCGCUCAGGACUACAUUGGCAUGCGCCGCGGUACCAUCCGUGGUACUGUCCUCAUCGAGACCAUCCUCGCCGCGUUCGAGAUGGACGAGAUCAUCUACGAGCUCCGUGAGCACUCUUCCGGCCUCAACUGCGGCCGAUGGGACUACAUCUUCUCCGUCAUCAAGCGAUUCCGUCAGAACAGCCAAUUCAUCCUUCCCGACCGAUCCCAGGUCACCAUGACCUCACCCUUCAUGGACGCCUACGUGCGCCUACUCAUCAAGACCUGCCACCGUCGCGGUGUCCACGCCAUGGGUGGUAUGGCCGCCCAGAUCCCGAUCAAGCACGACAAGGCCGCCAACGACAAGGCCAUGGACGGCGUCCGCGCCGACAAGCUCCGUGAGGUGCGCGCCGGCCACGACGGUACCUGGGUCGCUCACCCGGCCCUCGCUCCCAUCGCCGCCGAGGUCUUCAACAAGCACAUGCCCACCCCUAACCAGUUCCACGUCCGCCGCGAGGAGGUCGAGGUCAGCGCCAACGACCUGCUCAACAUGAACGUGCCCGGUCAGAUCACCGAGAACGGUAUCAAGGUCAACUUGAACAUCGGUAUCGGCUACAUGGAGGGCUGGCUCCGUGGCGUCGGCUGUGUCCCGAUCAACUUCUUGAUGGAGGACGCCGCCACCGCCGAGGUCUCCCGCUCCCAGCUGUGGCAGUGGGUCAAGCACGGCGUCACCACCGCCGAGGGCAAGAAGGUCGACAAGCAGUACGUCCUCAGCCUGCUCAAGCAGCAAGCCGAGGAGCUCGAGCGCAAGGGCCCCAAGGGCAACAAGUACAAGCUCGCCGCCAAGUACUUUGCCACCCAGGUCACCGGCGAGGAGUACGCCGAGUUCUUGACUUCGUAAGUUUUUUUUUUGCCUUCCCUUAUCUCGUCCAGACUCACACUAUCCCCAUUCUAUGAUAU